GCCAAAGCACAGAUAGCCCAUUGUGUAGCUUUGUACUUAACUUCAAACAAACAAAUAUAUGUUCCGUCGGUAAUGUUAAUUUUCACAGUGUAAGUCAUCUGUCUAACGUUUUUAAAAAAAACUUGAUGAACCAAUUAAGGGUCGUAUUCUAGGUUUCAUCCGUGGGAAAAGUAUCAACCGAAAAUCGAGAGGGCGCAGUAUUUUCGAGCGCAAUAUUUAUUAUUUACCCAUGAUAUAAGAAUGUACUUUGGCUUCAACUACAAUUUACACAGUGUUUUUAUAAAGCCUUAGAGUUAAAAAGUCUGAAAACAUACCAAAACAUCAAAUGGUUGAAAGGACAGAUGAAACAGUUUCAUGUUGUUCUACUCUUGGUUAUCAUCAGUGUAAUUCUUCUCAUAAUUCAACUGUUGAUACUUCAUACUUUGAUUUAUGAGGAGAAUAAAGAACAGUAUACAACUGAUCCUGUUUGGCAACUAGUUCAUGACGUUGUGUCGUUGUCUGGAAGAAAGGGAAUUCCUCUGUUUCUAAUCGAUCCUCUUGUACUUCAGAAAAUAAAGAGUUACAAUGGUACGAGUGCCAUAUCUUGUCAGCUAAUUUGUCUUAACCAGAGAGUUACAUAUCUGGCAACUUUUAGUCAGUUUGCUGGAGAACUGGAAAAGGCAUCUUUCAGAGAAGGACUGGAAGAGAAUGGAUAUAGUAUUGCUCUAAGUAAUGGUAAAAAUCCCUCUCUUCUUCGUCAUGGAUUUCAAGUUAACAUUCCACUUCAUGCCUUUGUUUCAUCAAAACAUCACAAGUUCCUUGUGCUCAUCGUUAUAUUUCAGGAACGGUCUGGAAAUUUCUGGUGGCAUGGGAAAUUGGGUUUUUCUUCAGAACAGUUGAAUAAUUUGGGAAUCUCUCAAGAUGAGCUGAACUACAGCAACCAAGAGGCUGCAUAUGAAAAAGUAGAAAUUCAUGCUGCUCAUGUGGAUGGCAUUAAGGUUCAAGUUCCUGUCAGUCCGUCAGUGUUUCUACAAUCUCCAAAGGAUGUGGCCUUCAUAGAAUGUAACUAUGAUCGUGCCAGAAAGUUUCAGGAGACAUAUGGAAAAGACACCAGUCCAGAGGCCCAAUUGUUUCAGCAAAAUGCCAGAAAACUUCUUGUAAAAGCCAAGGAGAUAUUGGAUGGUUUAGGUGUUCCUUUCUGGCUGAGUAGUGGUACAUGUCUAGGAUUUUUUAGGGAGUGCGAUAUCAUACCCUACAGCAAAGAUGUUGACCUGGGUAUUUGGAUCAAAGAUUAUCGCCCUGAAAUUAUUCCAGAAUUUUCUACUAAUAACAUCCCAUUAACUCAUCAGUUUGGAAAGGAGGAAGACAGUUUUGAGCUUUCCUUCCAGGACAAGGAUAUCAAACUAGACAUAUUUUUCUUCUAUGAGGAGAAGGACUAUGUUUGGAAUGGAGGAACUCAAGCCAGGACAGGCAAGAAGUUCAAGUAUAUUUUUCCAAACUUCACACUCUGUUGGACAGAGUUCCUGAACCUGAAGGUACGAGUUCCUUGUCAAACUAAGGACUAUAUUAUUGCCAACUAUGGGAGCAACUGGUUUGAACCAGUUAAAAUUUGGGACUGGAAAAAAAGCCCACCCAAUGUGCAAGAAAAUGGCAAGUGGCCCCUAGAAGAUUGGCCUGAAGUAAUCCAACUCCUUCCUUUACUAGGAGAAAAUUGAGUUUAAGUAGCAUAACUGGAGUUGUUGAAACAACACUAUCCUACUAAAAGCCAUGGGACAGGAGUAGUUAUGAAUAAAACAUGUCUUUAUUUCAAGAAAUUAAUAGUGUGUUGGCCCACCUUUGGCCUUAAUGACUGCUUCAAUGCAGCAAGCAAGACUAUAAACUAAUUUCUGGUAGAAACCUGGUGGUAUUGUGCACCACUCCUGCUUUAAAGCAUUAGUAACUCCACUACUGAAGAGGGCUGUCUUGGGGCUGCCCAAAUUCUGCAUUCCAGUUCAUCCCAAAGAUGUUCUGUCAAGUUGAGGUCGGGGCUCUGUGCUGGCCACUGCAAUGUUCGAAUGUUAUUCUCUUCAAACCAUGCAUUCAUAAUCCUUGCUUUGUGUCAUGAAGUGUUAACAUAUUGGAAGGGCCGGUACCAUAAAUUUGCAACAAUGUAAGACACACAGAAUUGUUCAGAACAUCAAUGUAGGACUCGGCAUUCAUGGAUCCAUGCACUGCAACCAGUGGACCUAGUCCAUACCACGAGAAGCACCCCCAGACCAUGAUAUUGCCACCUCCAAACUUCACUGUUGGAACAAAACACUCAGGUAAUAAGUGUUCUCCAGGCAACCUCCAUACCCAAACACGUCCAUCAUUCUCUGGGGUCUGAUGGCAAGAUGAGGUAACCAGGCUUCUCAAGAUGCAUUGGCACCUAUCAGUCAGUACUUUAUGCUUACCUAGUUGUUUCUUGGGCUCAUUGUCACCUGUGGACUUCCAAUUCUUCAGCAUGUUGACAGUUGUUGACCUGGGAAUGUUUAAUUGUUGCGCAAUAGCACGUACAGACAUUUUCCCCAAAUGACAUCUAAUUAUCCUUUCCCUCUGAAACUCUGUUAGCUCUUUCCAUGUACUCAUCGUUCGGCCAAAGCAUUUGCAUAUUUCAUCAUCACACCCCAUUUUCCUGCAAUCAGAGGUGUGUCCCAUGAAUUUGGGUAGGAUAGUGUAUCACCAUCAAUGCUGAGCCAGUGGUGUUAAGUUGAUAAGUGAAUAAGAGCAUUUAUAUCUAGAUCUGUAUAAAGAACUUUUUCCUCUAAAGUUAAAAUGCAUCAACAGUAAUAUUGUGGUCAACUACUUUUUAUUUUUGGCCACUUGUGAAAUAUUCAGACACGUGAGUCAUAAAAUAUCAGUGAAGCUCAUCUAUCAGUCAAAUAUUUAUAGAUAGCUCUAGAAAAGUGACAAUUGUUCUUUAUUAGUAUCUUGUAGAGAUAAAAGUACUAGUAAAGUGUGUGUCAUGUUUGUCAACUAUUUACGUAACAUGCACAUGGAACACUUGCCAGUUUGGUUAAUCUCUGAAGUUAUUAUUUUUACAGCAAGUUUGCUGCUUUUGUUAGUUUUGAAUUUCUUAGGCAACACCAGAAACAAGUUAGAAUUUAAAUGUAGUAUAAGGUGCUGAAA